AACUGCAUGCUGAAUCACAUCAGAAAUUUGCAUUUUGGAGCAAAGCUGAAACAAUUUCAGGAGAAGGUGCUCUGAUCCAGUUUCGUUUGUGGUGCCAAAUUAUAACAUGGAUUCGAACAGAGAACAUCUCUUGGAACAUGGCAACCUGAAGGGCGAAAGUAGUACCGAGGAGGUUCAUCAUGGCAUGACUACAAGACCAUUGUCAUCGUCUUUGCUGCAAAACAAGUCAGAUCCCAUAUUACUACAUAUUAGUGCUCAAACUGGGAAGUUUAAGAGGGUACUCAGUAACCUUCAGGUUGUUCUUCUGGGGACCAAGCUUGCGAUACUCCUUCCUACCAUUCCUCUAUCCUUUGUUGCUGUCUACUGUGGCUUUGCAAAGGCCUGGGUUUUUACUAUGAGCUUGCUUGCACUAACCUUCCUUGCUGAGCGAAUCAGCUUUCUCACAGAACAAGUAGCAUACUACACUGGUCCAACAGUGGGAGGGCUUCUAAAUGCAACAUUUGGAAAUGCCACUGAGCUGAUUAUCGCAAUUUCAGCUCUAAGUCAAAACAAAUUGCGGUUGCUCAAGUACUCUCUCCUGGGAUCAGUUCUUUCUAAUCUUCUUUUAGUUCUCGGGACGUCGCUUUUCUGUGGUGGCCUUGUCAACCUAAGAAGUGAGCAAAAAUUUGAAAGAAGGCAGGCACAUGUGAACUCGCUCCUUCUAAUGCUAGGUGCAUUCUGUCAUAUGCUGCCUAUGUUGUUUCAAUAUGCCGGUGACUCUACCAUAACAGGACGCCAAGCACUUGAUCUAUCAAGGGCCCUUAGUAUCAUUAUGCUACUGUCAUAUGUUACGUACCUGUUCUUCCAGUUAUGGACUCACCGCACUUUUUUCGAAUCAAACGAAGAAUCAAACGACGAUGACAAUGAUGUAGCUUUAGUAGGUUUCUGGAGUGGAUUUUUUUGGCUAUUUGUUGUUACAAUCACCACAGCUUGGUUGUCUGAGUUUGUGGUUGGCACAAUUGAGGAUGCAUCAAAAUCCUGGGGUUUGUCUGUGAGCUUCCUCAGCCUCAUUCUAGUUCCAAUUCUUGGAAAUGCAGCAGAGCAUGCAGGUUCAAUCAUAUUUGCUCUUAAAAACAAGUUGGAUAUAUCCUUAGGAGUCUCUUUGGGAUCUGCAACUCAGAUCGCCAUGUUCGUGGUGCCAUCGUGCGUUAUUGUUGCUUGGAUAAUGGGCAUCAACAUGGAUAUCAACUUCAAUCUAAUCGAGACGGUGUCUCUUACUCUAGCAGUGAUCACCACAUCCAUUGCUUUACAGGAUGGAACUUCCCAUUACGUGAAAGGCUUAGUUCUUAUUCUCUGCUACAUUGCUAUUGGCAUCUGCUUCUUUAUAUUCGAAACACCUAUGGAUGACGAAACAAAAAGUAUGAACACGCACUUGAGACUGAAAGUCUGAAACCAUGGAUGACAGUAUAGUGCUUCAAGUCAGAGCUAUGAGUGCAGCUGUGCAGGUGAGAUAUCAGAUAUGGAUCUUUCAU